AUGGCGUCUUCCAACGUAGACGCGCCCUCAAAGGCUCCUAUGCCUAUCGCCAUCGUCGGCAUGUCAUGCCGCCUAUCAGGUGGUGUCUCGACGCUUGACGACUUUUGGACAAUGUUAUCGCGUUCUCGAGAUGGCUGGAGGCCGAUACCUGAAGAACGAUACUCAGCAAAGGCAUAUUAUCACCCCGAUCCUCACAAAAAGGGUUGCUUCAACCAAAAAGGCGGUUAUUUCAUGACUGGCGAUAUGUCAACGUUUGACGCACCUUUUUUUAAUAUCACAAGGCAGGAAGCUGAAGCCAUGGAUCCGCAACAGAGACAUCUCUUAGAGUGCACGUACGAAGCUCUAGAGAAUGCCGGAAUUCUCAAGCACGAAAUUGCUGGCAGCAAUAUGGGAGUCUUCAUUGGUGGCACUGCUUCGAAUUACCAUCUCGGCACCUUGAAAGAGCUAGAUCAGGUACCAAUGUAUGAUGCCACGGGCAACCACCAGUCCAUCCAGGCUGGACGCAUCUCUUACUACUUCAACUUGCACGGCCCUUCCUUUACAGCAGACACGGCCUGCUCAUCCAGUUUAUACGCUUUACAUUUAGCAGUUCAGAGCAUCCGUUCGGGAGACUCAGACUCUGCCAUCGUGGCAGCGUCUAGCUUGCAUCUUCAGCCUCAUUAUAUGAUAUCCAUGUCCGGAUUAGGGCUUUUCAACGAACACGGAAAAACAUUUGCUUUCGACCACAGGGCGAAGUCAGGUUUUGCUCGAGGAGAAGGCACGGGCUGCCUCAUUCUCAAACCACUUCACCAAGCGCUGGCCGACAACGACAAGAUAUACUCUGUCAUUAUCAACACUGGUGUCAACCAAGACGGCAAAACCUCCGGACUGACAUAUCCGAGCGGCGAUGCGCAAGAACAGCUAAUGCGCGAUGUGUACGCCAGAGCUGGUAUUUCGCCAAACGAUACUGGGUACGUUGAAGCCCAUGGAACGGGCACGCGAGCUGGCGAUCCUAUAGAGGCCAAUGCCGUUCAUCGUGUGUUUGGAGACGGGCGUACAAAGCGUGCUCCAUUGUAUAUGGGCUCGGUGAAGUCCAACGUUGGCCAUUUAGAAAACGCAAGUGGCAUCAUUUCCAUUAUCAAAGCAUCAAUGAUGCUAGACAAGGGUUUUGUUCUUCCCAAUGUCAAUUUCGAAAAGGCAAAUGAGGCGAUCCCCCUUGACGAGUGGAACAUCAAAGUUCCAACCAGUAUCCGACCGUGGCCCAGGAACAAGCGCUUCAUCAGCGUUAACAGCUUCGGAUUUGGAGGCUCCAAUGCGCACGCCGUGCUUGAGAAAGUUCCAACUGCACUUGCAGAUCUUCCUCAAGAUAAUCAGAACACGACUCCAAGGUUAUUUGUGUUAUCCGCCCACGAUGAAAGUGCCGCCAAGCGAAAGGCUGAAAACCUUGGAAUCUACAUCGAGCAACAUCCCGAAGUCUUCCAGAAGCGAUUAGUCAACGACAUGGCAUAUACACUUGGAGAAAGGAGGACGCAUCUGCAGUGGCGCAUCGCGAUUGCAGCAUCUUCGUGUAGUGAGCUCGCAAAUUCUCUCAACAGCAUCAGCGCCACUCCUGGAGUAGUGGCCUCCAAAGACCCAAAGGUGGCAUUUGUAUAUACUGGCCAAGGAGCUCAGUGGGCGGAGAUGGGCAAAGAGCUUAUGGAAAGUCAUCCAGUUUUUGCUAGAGCCAUCGAGACGUGCAGCAACUAUCUGCAAACAAUUGGUGCCGAGUUCUCUCUGCUGGAAGAGCUCGCCAAGAGCAGCAAAGAGACGUUGGUCAACGAGGCACACAUCUCGCAGCCUGCAUGCACAGCUAUACAGAUUGGCCUCACCAAGCUGUUGGAGGCCUGGGGAGUUUCACCCUCUGCAGUCGUCGGCCACUCCAGUGGCGAAAUUGUUGCUGCCUUUGCUGCUGGUGCCAUUACCCUCGAGGACGCCAUGUCCGUAGCCUAUUGGCGCGGUAGGGUUUCUUCAGAACUGAAAUUCAAGCAUCCUGAUCUUCGAGGUGCCAUGCUCGCUGUCGGUGCUAAAGCUAAAGAUAUCAGAGCGAUUAUCAAGACGCUGGGGCUAAAGAGGGUCAAUGUGGCCUGCGAAAACUCUCCAAAUUCGAUUACUGCUUCAGGGGACGAAGAAGAUGUCGAUCGACUGGCUGCUGAACUAGAAAGCCGGAGCAUUUUCAACCGCAAAUUGCGAGUGACGAUGGCAUACCACUCUGCUCAUAUGCAGCUAGUUGCUGAUGACUACCAAGCCGCCAUCAAAUACGUGACAUCCAAGACCUCUUCCAACGUUGAGUUUUAUUCAUCGCUAUUCGGGAAGAAGCUUGACUCAACGUCAGUCCUCAAUCCAUCAUACUGGGUCGAAAACUUGACAAAACCAGUCCUCUUCUCUACGGCUUUCAAAGAGCUUUAUCUUGGUACAGAGCCGGAUAUCGUCAUCGAGGUUGGCCCACAUUCGGCCCUUGAGGGUCCCAUCAAACAGAUCCUAAAGUCUAUCAGCCCUCAAGUUGCUUUGGGCGUCAAAUAUUUGCCUUCUCUCGUUCGUCAACAGCACGCUACCUCAUCCAUCUUGAAUUGUGCGGGUAGUUUAUUUGUCAAGGGAUACCCUAUCAGCUUGCGUGAAAUCAACCGUCCUAAUAAAGGCGUACGAGCCCCUACCCUUGUCACGGACUUUCAUCCGUAUGGCUGGUCAGACCACAAGUACUGGUUUGAGUCUCGGUCAGCGAAGCAGAUGCGCCAGAAGCCAUUUGGUCGCCAUGAUCUCCUAGGUCUCUUGGAGGACUCAUAUAGCGAUGUUGAGCCCAAGUGGAAAAAUGUCAUCUCCACAGACGAUGUGCCUUGGCUUAAGGAUCAUCGCAUGCAGUCUCUAGCCACGUUUCCUCUAGCAGGAUAUAUAUGUAUGGCUGUAGAAGCUGCAUCACAGCGAGCACAGCUGCGAGGAGUUCCGACUACGCAAAUCGAAGGUUUCCGUCUCCGAGAGGUUCAAAUUUCGAAAGCUCUCAUACUGGACGAUGGCGCUCCAUAUGAGACGGUGUUUUCCCUGAAGCCUUAUGCCGAGGGCACCAGAUCCUACUCCAAUGAGUGGGAUGAGUUUCGGAUCUUAUCGUGGAACUCAGCCAGAGGCUGGUUGGAGCAUUGCAGAGGAUUGGUUGGCAUCAAAAAGGUCGCCCCAGUUAACCCAGUCAAUAGUGCGUUGCUCCAAUACGCCGCUGCUCGCCGCCAGCACGUCAAGGUAAUGGACUGCCAUCGAAUUCCUCUUGAUAAUUUCUACUCCGAACUGGAGGCCCGAGGAGCCGGAUACAGCGGGGUCUUUAAGAUUUCACCUGAUGCCGAUUUGAGACUCGGUGAGAGAUAUACCAUGGCUUCUUUAACGAUUCCUGAUACAGCAGCUACCAUGCCGUUGUCUCAUGAAACAGCAUCUAUUGCGCCAUCGGCAUUCAUCGACCUAUUCUUUCAGCUCACAUUUCCCAUCCUUGGUGCUGGUAGCGGCAAGAUGCCUUCUCUUUUUAUGCCCUCUGCCGUUAAAGAGAUCGACAUAAGCAGCGCAUUGCCAAACAAACCAGGCGAGCGUGUGCAAGUCGUUGUCAACGGAUACCUAGAUUUUGAAGCCCCUGGACCUGUUGACUUUUUCAUUGACUCCUGGCAUCAAGAUUCUUCUGAGCCCGUGGUAAAGAUGGAUGGAUUCAGGGUGACGCCAGUAAAUGGCGAUAUCGUUGAGAGCAAGAGCCCACGAUCUAUCUGCUAUAAGAUGGAAUGGGAACCGCUUGACGCGAGGGACAAGCAGCCGAAACAGGAAGACAUAAAGAACGGCGCUGUUCCAAACGGCCAUAAGAUCAAGAACUCUGUUGAUAAAACGUCAGUCAUCGGUAGCGGGCAAAAAAAUCACACCAAUGAUAACCAUCAGGCCUCUAACGGGAUUAAUGGCACCAAUGGCACAAAAGCCCACUCAAACGGACACCACAGACUUGGAAGCCUUUCAGCAAAAGUCAAUGGAAACGGUGUGGCAAAUGGCAAUACCAAGAAAUUGAAUGGCCAUCUUGCAGAAGACAGCACGAAUGAUAGCUUCAAUGAUGUUGAUUUCAUCGUCAUCUCCCACCACAGUGAUAAUCAUCUAUUGGAAAAGGCUCUCUUGGAUCUGCUGGCGUUACGCACUGCAAAGUCUCCACGGCUAGUUGCAUUGGCCGAUGUAGUUCCCGAGGCGACCGCUUGUUACAUUUCUUUGUCUGAAAUAGACAAGCCGAUAUUUGCCAAGAUGACAGCUGAAAGUUUUGAAAAGUUGCAGAAUCUGUUUACCGUAUGCCAUUCUAUGCUUUGGGUGACGUCUGGGGCGUAUAGGUUUGCAGAGAGCCCAGAGAAGAAUAUUGCGCAAGGUUUCUUACGCACAGUUCGUUCUGAGGCAAACAAAGCCGUAGCCUCUCUGGAUUUAGAUCCUCAUUCUAAGCUCGAUGCCCGUGACACAGCCGAGCUGAUUCUUCGUGCAAUCAAAGCCUCCCUUGCAACACCCGAGGAUGAUGCUCCUGUGAACUAUGAAUUUGCGGAAGAAGGAGGCAAGUUGAUGGUACCCCGUGUUGUCAAGCAAGACGACAUGAAUCUUGCAAUUUUCCAUGAUACAGAAGCCUCCAAUUCGCCGCCUUAUUUACAGCCAUUUGAUCAAGCUGGACGGCGUCUCGCUGUGGCCGUCGGUACCUAUGGUGCUUUAGAUUCCCUGUACUGGAAGGAUGAGCGUGAAACGCCUUUGGGCCAUGAAGAGGUCGAAAUCAAGGUCGCGUGUACAGGAAUGAACUUUAAAGACGUUGUCAUCGCUAUGGGUCAAGUAUCCAGUCCAUAUCUCGGCGUCGAAUGCAGUGGCACUAUAUCUCGCAUCGGUUCUCGUGUCAGUUCCCUGAGGGUCGGUGAUCGAGUCUGUGCCAUGUCUCUGGGAGCAUAUGGCACAUACUCUCGAUGUCUUGCCUCCAGCGCGGCUGUUAUUCCCAGUGACAUGAGCUUUGUGGCCGCAGCCUCAAUCCCCGUCGUAUACUGCACCGCAUAUUACGGCCUCAUGGAUCUGGCAAGGCUAGAAUACGGCGAGAGUAUACUGAUUCACGCUGCAUCUGGCGGCGUCGGCCAAGCAGCUAUCCAGCUCGCACAGAUGGUAGGGGCUGUUAUUUAUGCUACUGUUGGCAGUGCAGACAAGAAGCAGUUUAUCAUGGAUAGAUACGGCAUCCCAGAGAGCCGUAUCUUCUAUAGUCGAGAUACUUCCUUUGGGCCAGCCGUCCGAGAGGCUACAGGCGGCCGCGGAGUCGAUGUCGUGCUCAACUCGCUUGCAGGCGACCUUCUUCGCGAAACGUGGGACUGUCUUGCACCUUUUGGGCGCUUCAUCGAGUUGGGAAAGCGGGACAUCACGAACAACACAAGACUUGAGAUGGCUCAGCUCGAGUAUAACUGUACUUUCAGCUCGGUUGACUUGUCUCUUGUUGCUGCACGGCGGCCCAAGAUCUUGGAACGUGCUUUUGCGUCAGUCAUGCGACUCCUUGAGAGCAAGACAAUCAGGCCCAUUGAGCCCAUCACUUCCGUCAGCAUCCAAGAUGUCGAAGGAGCACUUCGUAAACUGCAAAGUGGCAAGACGGUGGGAAAGCUCGUGGUGACACAUGGUUGCUACUGCCAGGUCAGAGCUACACAUCCCCCGCCUCGCUCGGAUAUGCUGGAGCGCGAUGCGACGUAUAUAAUCAUUGGCGGGACUGGAGGCUUGGGGCGCUCCAUCACGAGACAAAUGGUCCGCCGGGGUGCUCGACACAUCGUCUUGCUCUCUCGGGGCGGCAAGAUGACAGAUGAGGUGAAUAAGCUGGUGAAGGAUAGUCGAAAGCUAGGUGCCUCGAUAUACGUGAUGUCUUGCGACGUUGCCAGUGAGGGUAAUGUGUAUGAGUUAGUCUGGCAAUUGCAGGAUGAUUUUCCGCCCAUUAGGGGCAUUAUUCAUGCCGCCAUGGUUCUUAGAGAUGUCCUGUUUGAGAAGAUGACCUUUGAAGAUUACGAAGCUGUUGUCCAAAGUAAAAUAUCAGGAGCUUGGAAUUUCCACAAGGCCCUUAUGAGAACUCCGCUCCAGUUCUUCAUUGUCCUCUCUUCCGUCGCUGGUAUAGUGGGUAACCGAGGCCAAGCACAUUAUUCUGCGGCGAACACGUAUCUGGAUGCUCUCGUCCAAUAUCGACGCCGCCAUGGCGCAGCAGCCACAUCUAUAGAUCUUGCUGCUGUAGAAGGCGUUGGUUAUCUGGCUGAAAAUGGAGCCAAGAUGUCACAAGUAAUGAGGAACUUGUCAGACAACACCCUGGGCGAGGCAGAGGUUCUGGCAUUGAUCGAAUCUGCAAUGACGGGAAAAGUCGAGACUUUCUGUCAGGGUCAGGUGAUCACCGGGCUAGGCUUUGAUAAUGCGUCGUCGAUGCCAUUCUAUGCCUCGGAUGCCAAAUUCUCUCAUCUGCGUGAGGCCUUGCUCGCCGCAUCAGCCGAUGCUGACGUCUCUUCGGGAUCUGAGAGCCUGUCCAUCUCCCAGCAGCUACGCAAAUGCAAAACUGUUGAAGAGGCAGAAGAUAUCGUGACACUUGGCCUUCGUGACAAGCUCGGCGCCAUUCUAAUGCUGUCAGAAGAGGUGAUGGCGGCACGACAAGGAAACACGUCUAUCACGGCUUUUGGGCUGGAUUCGCUCAAUGCGAUUGAGCUUCGGAAUUGGAUUGGAAAAGAGCUUCAGACGCAUUUGCAGGUCCUGGAACUGCUGACUAGUGGGCGGGUUGCGGAUUUGGCUGGUUUGGUGCUGCGAAAGUCGAGGAUUGAAGGAGUUUGGACAAAGAAGUGA